AUGUGCGUCGUCGUAACGCACGGUCUGCGAAGAAUGUUGCUGCGUAUAGAGAAAGUGUGCAUGAAAAUCAUAAAGUCUCAAUUCCUCAACGUUCGCAAGAAUUUGUCCUUAGUUUGGCGAAUCUUGCACAAAGACUUACACCCCUAUAAGAUCCAGUUGACCCAAGAGAUCAUGCCAAUAGAUUAUCUUUUGCGUCGGUGUUUUGCUAAUUGGGCUCUAGAGCAUUUGAAAGCCGACCCUGAAUUCGGCCAGAAAAUCAUUUUUAGCGAUGAGGCUCAUUUUUGGAUGAACGGCUUCGUUAAUAAGCAGAACUGUCAGAUUUGGGGUGAAGAAAACUGCAUCCAGAAAAGAUUACUAUCUGGCAUGGAUCGUUCCUAUAGAUCCGAUGACACUGAAGAUGCAGUAACCACUGAUAACCCAACUACUCCAUUUCCAACCCCACCUCCAAACAUGAUUUCUCCUAGAUCUCCAAUUCCUUUGCAUAGACAAGCUUCGCCAUUUCCUUUAGAAAACAUAAAUGCAAGAAGGAUACACUAUUCCAAUCCCCAAGACCGACUUCGCGGGACCAAUGGGGAAGUAAUUUACUCCAGUGCCAAAAAGCCAUUGUCAAACAAUACGUUGAAUAGAUCGGGACGAAGCAGACAUAGAAUCGGAGGCGGCAUGACAUCUUCUAGCAGUGCUACUUCCUGCAACAGCAACAUUGACAAUAGAAGGCUCAGUGGAGGAGCAAACAGCGAUAUUUAUCAUGAUCAACAGCAGCGAUUAAACAAUCUCAACAUCACCAAUGAUGAGGAUCAGGAGUCUCCGCCAGAGCCUGCUCCCCCAGAGAUACCUCCUAGGGGACCCUCUUUGCAUACGACUCUACGCCGUCGAAACGAUUACAUGAUACCAACUACUGAAGCUAAUAAAACCAACCAGGAGUCUCAGUUCCUGACAACCUCGGCAUCCGGAGCGGAAUACGCAGUUAGUGGAGGAGGAACUGUGAACCCGCUGGGGGGUUCCCAGUACCCCGCAAGGUCACCAAUGACGGCCGUCACAACAACUAACAGUAAAGUUAACGCCAGGUGGAUUCCCAAAAAACAUUUCGCAGAACAUCAGCAAAAACCACUUCUAACGACCAAUACAUGGGCUGAAUUGGACUGGGAAGUCCUACCUCACAGGGGAUAUUGCCCAGACUAA